GGAUAUUAAACGUCCUUGACCUUAGAGUCACAUUGCUAGCUCUUAACUUUCUUAGACAUACAACUGUAAUAAUAAGCCGGCUUGAAAAUGUCGUUUGAUAUGCCAACGAAAUCCAACAAUGUGGAUCACGAAAUGCAACAAUUUCUAAUGGCUGAACAACAAAAGGCUCAAAUCCAGCAACAACUUCAUGCUCUUACCGAUGUUUGUUGGGAAAAAUGUAUGGACAAACCACGCGACAAAUUGGAUUAUAGAACGGAGAGUUGCAUUUCAAAUUGUGUAGAAAGAUUUAUGGAUACUACAAAGGCUAUUGGUGUUCGUUUGCAGCAGAAGUAUAAAGAAAUGUAA